UUGCUAGCGCUGGAGGGGCUGGGUGUGUACUGGGAGGCUGACGCUGAGCUGCUGUCUGAGGCAGCACUGUCCCGCGCUGAGCUGUGCACCCGCAUGCACUCAGCCAUCCCCAGGGGGGACCGUCCCCUCCCCCACUACGCGCUGCUGCCGCUGAGUCUGACCGCGCGGCUACAGCUCAACCCCCGGCCAGAGCUGGACGCCCCCCACCCCUUCACCACCCCCAAGCUCUCCCUCUCCAUCACCCUGCACCAUCUGGGGCUAGGUCUGAGUCGGCGGCAGUACUGCGGGGCGAUGGCGCUGGUGGAGAGCCUGGACAGGAUGAGGGUAGCCGCCCUCUACCGCCACCACCGCCCCAUCCUCCCCACCCGCGCCGGCCAUGCUGCCCUCUUGUGGAGGUACGCGUACAUGUGUCAGCUGGACAGCAUCAGGCGUGUACGCAGGAACUGGUCGUGGACGCACAUGAAGACGCACAGGGCGACGUGCCGUGCAUACAUGGCCGCCUAUAAGACGACCUUAACAUCUCCCCCCGGCAAUAACAGAGAUAAACUGGAGGAGUUCGAGCGCCAGUUAGACCUCUUCAACCUUUCCCUCAUGCGACGACAGGCUAAAGUUGAGGUGGAGCGAGAGGGACGUCUGAAGAAGAAGCAGCAGCAGGAGGCGCCCCCCAACAGGGGGUGGUUUGGUGGGUGGAUGUCGUGGGGUACCAAGCCCACCGCCCCCCAGGGUGAUGCUGAGAACCAACCCACUACAGUAACACAGCUGGCAGAGCAGCUGAGUGCCGAAGAGAAGGCUGAACUGUACGCUGCCAUCGGGCACAGUGAGGGCGCUCUGCCGCCCUCACUUCCCCUCACCUACCACGACCUGAGGGUCAACUUCCUGCUCUCCAGCCUCACCUUCUGCCUCACCAACGAUGCAGAGGACGACCUACCCUCUGGGGCGGCACAGACACUCCUGAGGGCGGAGGUCGCCGCCCUCAGGAUGAACACCGCCGUCAGGUCCGCCGCUGCCGCCGUCAGGUUUGAGUGCAGCCUUGGGAGCUUCAUCAUCGAUGGCGUGGGGUGCGAUGCUGGGGAUGACGGGGGGAAGAAACCUGGGGAGGUGCUACCCUACAGGCUCGUAGAUAGCCUCGAGGUGAAUUCAACAACGGAUCUUGUUGAAUUCCUGUACGAGAGGAACCCUCUUCCUGACGCACCCUCAGACCUUCAACCCUCUGAUGAACUACCCUCAGCCGACAUACUCAUGUCAACAGGAUCCCGGCCUGAUGGAGGCGACACGGCAGCACCACGCGCCCCGUGUGAUGAGCGCAUCAUCCUGAGGGCGCGCCCUCUGCAGCUCGUAUACCACGCCACCACCUGCGUCAGGGUGAUGACGGUGCUGGCACCACCACGCACCCUCUCCCUGCAGCAGUGCGUGUGA